AUGUCGUCCAACAACACCUCGGCCAGUGUCUCCAUCGAUAAGUUCGAUGGGGACAACUACUCAACCUGGUGUCGCUACAUGCGCGGCGUGUUUCUGACGAAGUCAGUCUGGUACGUCGUGAACCGCGAAACGUCUCCAACCUUCACCGACACGCGAGCUUCCGACGAGUACGUCAAGGCGAGCAACAUCGCGUUCGGGUUGAUGUUGCUCCACAUGGACGCCGACUACCACCAUGUGGUCGACAACUGUGAAGAAGCAUGGACAGCGUGGUUGCGGUUGAAGAUGCUCUAUGGUGGGUCGCAGAAGGCGGGACGCAUCUACCUCAAGCGCCAGCUGUUCAGCAUCAAGAUGGCGGAAGGUGCCAACGUCUUGCACCAUUGCAACGAAGUCUUGAACAUCGGCGCCAAGCUCAGCAGCAUCGGUGCCAAGAUGGAAGACGAAGACAUUGCGAUUCUGCUUGCUGCUCAGUCUCCCGAAGAGUUUCGAGAACGUGGUUCUGAACUUGGAGAUGAGCAAUGCAGAGCUGCGCACGCAAGAUGUGGUCAAGGUGCUGACUAA